CUCUGACUGAGUAAAAGUUCGUCCGGGAUUUUCUUGUGGACAGUAUACGAUAAGAUGGCAAACAAAGGACAGCAGCCUCCUUACCUUCACUUGGCGGAGCUGACCGCAUCCCAGUUCCUGGACAUCUGGAAACAUUUUGAUGCAGACGGAAAUGGCUACAUCGAGGGUAAGGAGCUUGACAACUUCUUUAGUCAGCUGGAGAUUGCGAGGAGAGGAGCUGGUGUGGAUCCCUCAAAUGCAGCCUUUAAGGGGAGAAUGACAGAGUUCAUGCAGAAAUUCGACAAGAACAAAGAUGGAAGAAUUGAGAUGUCAGAGCUGGCUCAGAUCCUGCCCACAGAAGAGAACUUUCUCCUCUGCUUCAGACAGUUUGUGGGAUCCAGCACCGAAUUCAUGGCUGCCUGGCGGAAAUACGAUACAGACCGCAGCGGUUUCAUUGAGGCUAAUGAACUUAAGGGCUUCCUCUCUGACCUGCUUAAAAAGGCAAACAGACAUUACGACGACCAGAAAUUGCAGGAAUAUACACAAACAAUACUUAAAAUGUUUGAUCUGAAUGGUGAUGGGAAACUGGGUCUGUCUGAAAUGGCAAGGCUUCUGCCAGUUCAGGAGAACUUCUUGUUGAAGUUUCAGGGAGUCAGGCUGUCUGCUGAGCAGUUCAACGCCAUCUUUACAUACUACGAUAAGGAUGGAAACGGCUACAUUGACGAGCAAGAGUUGGACGCUCUCCUGAAGGACCUCUAUGAGAAGAAUAACAAGGAGGUGGACUCCAAGAGCCUGACCGGUUACAAGCAAAGCAUCAUGGCCCUGUCGGAUGGAGGCAAACUGUACCGCUCAGAGCUGGAGAUCGUUCUCUGCCGGGACCCCAUGCUGUGAACCUCUAGCUCAGCUCUGUCCCAGCUGCCUGAAUACUGUAACCGUGUGCAUGUGCCGGGCACCCCGUCCCCAUCCCGUCCCCACCCCGUCCCCGUCCUGAAGUGAGUUCUGGAUGAGUGUGCGCAGAAAAGCACAAAUCUGUCUGUUCUUUCCCUGCCCAAAACCCAAUCACCACUGCUUUCCUCUGCCUACAAACUACAGCUACUAUGAUGCCCUCUGCUCAAUUUUUAAACUAUAUAUUUAAAAAAAAUAAAGAGUCUUUCUGAAAGAGUAGCAGACUAAUAAUGGUGUAAUACAAUUAGAUAUGUGAAAUAUAUUUAUUUGGAGUGCUUGGCUUCUGGUUUCUUCCCUAUCGUUUUGUUUCCUCCUCAGUUGGUUUUUGUCUUCAUUUCGUUUCAUUUCAGCCCAGUUGCGUUGAGGUUUGUUGUGUUUUUGUUUGGCUGAUACUGUUUAAGGAUGUAACUGAGACUAUUCAUUAAAGUUAUGUGAUAUAAA